GGCAGUUGAGCACAUUUCGGGCAACACAGUCCUUUCCAAGGAGGUGAAACAUUAUCCACUAUGAAAGCUUCACUCGCUCUUGUUGCCGUUUUGGGGUUGGUAGCUACCAGCUAUGCCCAGGUUUUGCACGGUCUUGUCCGCCUUGAAGACGAUGGACAAUGGAAGCCCCAUUUGGACGGAUCUGUCCUCGGAUCUGGACACCUGACUUGGUUCGGAGCUGACCUCGACGACGGACAAUGGAAACCCCAUUUGGACAACUCCGCUGCCGGACUCGUCCACCACUUGUACAAGAGGGCCGUCCUCGUCAACCCCAACGCCCUCGCCAGCCCCGCUGACACCCUCGAAGUCGCCCUCGCCAAGCAGGCCCAGCUCGUCCAACAGCACACCGAAGGAACCAGGAACGUCCUCGGAGGCGGUGUCCCACUCCACCUUCCCGCUGACACCCCCGAAGUCGCCCUCGGCAAACAGGCUCACGCCGUCGCUCACGAAAACCAGAAAGCCCUCACCUACGGUCAUACCUUUGGUCAUGCUGUAGCUGCUCCCGUCGUCGCUUCUCACGUCGCCGGCCCCGUCGUCGCUGCCCGUUACGCCACCCCAUACGCAGCUACCCUCGGCUACUCCGCCGUUCACCCCUACGGACUCGGACUCCACGGUGUUAGGGCUUUCUGGUAAACUGCACUUUUUGGUAUCAUGAAAUAAACAUUUAUUUUACACAA